CGCCAGCGCGGUGUAGGGGGCAGGCGCGGAUCCCGCCACCGCCGCGCGCUCGGCCCGCCGCCGUCUCCCGCCUCCCGGCUUCCCGCUCGCCUCUGCCUCCUGCCUCCGGCCUCGGCUCGUGCCGCCUGCCUGCCUGCCUCAGAGACGGCUUCGGGCUUGAGGUCUGAUCCUGUGCCCAGCGCCAUGCCGAAGGAAAAGGAGAGGGAUGCGAAGGAACCGGACACCAUGAAAGAGGAAAGUGGCACCGAUGUCUCUGUUCGCUCCAGGAAAAGAAAGGCAAAUGUAGCCGUUUUUUUGCAGGAUCCAGAUGAAGAAAUUGCCAAAAUUGACAGGACUGUGAGAAGCCAGUGUGGCAGUCAGCCUUGGGACAGUAAUACAGCCUGUGAAAACCCCUGCUCCCUGAUUCCCACACCUGACAAAGAAGAGGAUGAACUUCUGUACCCACACGCUGCGUACAAGCCUCAGAGGUGCACGCCAUCGUCAUCCAGAGUGUCGCCACUGCCUGUGCUGAACUGGGCAAAUAGAGAGGAAGUAUGGAAAAUCAUGUUAAACAAGGAAAAGACAUACUUGCGGGACAAGCACCUCAUGCAGCGGCACCCUCUUCUGCAGCCUAAAAUGCGAGCAAUUCUUCUGGAUUGGUUAAUGGAGGUAUGUGAAGUCUAUAAACUUCACAGAGAGACAUUUUACUUGGCACAGGAUUUCUUUGAUCGGUAUAUGGCAACACAACAAAAUGUUGUAAAAACACUUUUGCAACUUAUUGGGAUUUCAUCUUUAUUUAUUGCUGCCAAACUUGAGGAAAUCUAUCCUCCAAAGUUGCACCAGUUUGCUUAUGUUACAGAUGGGGCUUGUUCAGGAGAUGAAAUUCUUACUAUGGAAUUAAUCAUUAUGAAGGCCCUUAAGUGGCAUUUAAGUCCCCUGACCAUUGUGUCCUGGUUGAAUGUAUACAUGCAGGUUGCAUAUCUAAAUGAUGUGUAUGAAGUGCUCCUGCCUCAGUAUCCUCAGCAAAUCUUCAUACAGAUUGCAGAGCUUUUAGAUCUGUGUGUCCUGGAUGUCGGCUGCUUAGAAUUUUCUUAUGGUGUACUUGCUGCUUCUGCCUUGUAUCAUUUCUCUUCAUCUGAACUGAUGCAAAAGGUUUCAGGGUAUCAGUGGUGUGAUAUAGAGAAGUGUGUCAAGUGGAUGGUUCCAUUUGCCAUAGUUAUAAGGGAGACAGGAAGUUCAAAACUUAAGCACUUCAGGGGAGUUCCUGCUGAAGAUGCACACAACAUCCAGACCCAUAUAAACAGCUUGGAUUUGCUGGACAAAGCCCAAGCAAAGAAAGCCAUAUUAUCUGAAGAAAACAGAAUUUCUCCUCUUCCCACUGGAGUCCUCACCCCCCCACAGAGCAGUAAGAAGCAGAGCAGUGGGCAGGGAUCAGCAUGACCACACCAGCACCCUCACCAAAGACAGCUAUGCAGAAGUGCCUGCUCCAGGUUCUCUCCUGUCCAUGCAGCAGAGGCGUGCAUUAGCUUUUACAGAUAUUUAAAUGGAAGGGCAUGUCUCUUCCGCGACAGAAGGUUUCUGUGGAUGGCAUUGGACAGGGAGAAGUGUUUUUUAUUGAAUGCUUAGAUUUUUUUAAUAAGUGGGUCAAGUACACCAGCCACCUCCAGAACACCAAUGAGUGCUCCAGAUGCUGCUAAGGAGGGUGAUACUUGACUUGAUUGACUAUUCACACGAAUAACAAAGGCUUGAAGUUGAAGCGUGCCAUGUUGCUGUUGGUGUCCCCACGGCUGCUCUGGGCUCAGUCGCAUUAAGUGGACAGGCAGUUGUGAGUGUUGUGAUGUACAGCCCACCACCAGCUGUGCUGGGGGCCUCGCCUUUCCAUACUAUCAGUUGACAGUGUACAAUGCCUUUUAUGAACUAUUGUUUUUGCAAGUGCUGCUAUGUUUAUCCGUUUUUUAAUAAAGAUAAAACACUGUCUUUGAGACAGCUGGUUUUAUGAGCUAUGUCUGGUAAUUUAAGUUAGGAGUCAACUUUGAAUGUGGCUGUAUCAAGUUCUCUUUGUUAAUUAACUUCAUGCUUCUCAAAGCUCAAGACUUUCAAACAAAUAUAUUAAAAGAAAACUUUUGAAGUGAGCUUCAGGUGCCAGCCUCACAGGCCUCCCAAGGGCCCCUGAGCUAGAAUGAGGCUCUGAUUGGCAUCUUCCAACAAUGCCCUGUGCAGUGGUGACUCCGGGUGGGCUUACUGGCUGUCUAUGGUGAUAGUAGUGAAGUCACGUCUGCAUCCAAGAGGAUUCUUAUGUGUGAUUUCUUCCCGAGCACAGGACAAAGGUCAUAAAGAAUCUGUGAUUAGUGUUAUUUAAUACUCUUUGCGUCCUUAUCCAAAGCUUAACCUGAAGAAUCUUUAUUUGGAGAACUUGUUAAUGUAGUAGCCUAAACUACUUUGAAGAAGAAAAUGCAAAGUAAAAUUACAUGUAACUCAAGGCCGUGAUGUUCGUAAAGUCUGUUCCCUGAUCAUUGAUGGAAUCACCAAGUGCCUUGCUAACAGAAGAGGUCACUGUCCACUUUAAGGCCCAAGGUGCACAGUUCACAUCACGUUUUGUGGGACAUUCUCAAAGUGAUGGCCUUGUCAAGUCUUAUGUUUCAUUUUCUCACAGUGUUUUGGUCUAUGUAUGAGUUUAUUAAGGGAGGGUGAAUGAGCAAAUAAAUAUCAUUAUUUCAACUUGGUAUUUGUUAUUUUGCAAAAAUCUAUCUGAAAUAGAAAAAUAGCCACUUUUAAUCUACCAUAUUUAUAUAAAAUUUGAGAGCGAUCCUACUUUUUCAAAUUGUGAUGUUAUAGUUCUGUCAUUUUAAUGCAGUUUUCUUAAUAAAUGCAUUAUAAAUAUACAUGUAAUGGCAUUUAG